GUCCAAGGGGAGCCUGUCAACGUUGCAAUCAACGUGCUGGUGCAAGGGGGCCUCGCCGACACGUUCAGUAGAAUCACAUCGAGUUCUAAGAUUUCAACGGUUGGCUGGUUCCGAUCGAUGGCCUUGACGAGCGCGGCUGCUAAACUUACCGCUGCUGACUCCAAGCCCAACCAGGAGCAGGCCAUCAACGAGUUCACGGAUGACGUAUACAAGACGAUUGAAAUCAUCCACCCUGCCUUCAUAGCCCACGCGGGCGAUUGCAAUGACUCCAUGGCCCAUUUCGCGAGCAUCCUGGUCGCCAGCCGAGGUUGCGACAGGGUCACCUCCAGCGAGAUCGGCCAGGCCAUCGACUACAUUGAGAAUCAGAAGCACACGGUGAAGAUCAAGGACGCUUUCCACUUCACAACCGCCGGGUCGGCUGCCACGGCAUCGUGCCAACACCAGCUGGCAGUGACUGCCAAGGACGACCUUGGCGACAAGAAGAUCGAUCGGGCCCUCGAGAUCUUGAACGACUUCGCCUCGUUCCCAACGUUGCUUCGCUCCCUGGAGGAGCUCCCAUCCGAACCUACGAUGCUCGAGGUGGGGAAUUUCAUCGUCGCCAAGACUGGCGAAGCCUUCUCCGCGAUCGACGAGUCCACCGACCACUUGUUCGAGGCCACGAAGCUAUGGGACAAGAGGCGCUGCGAAGAGCAGGCGCCGAAAGUCGCCGAGUACAUGGACGCAGCGAUCUUCGCCCUGUCGGAUAUCGACUGCAUCGCCGCGGCGUUCCUCUCAGCCGUUUUUGCCAAGGGCGGCCUUGAUGUGUUGCUGCGAGCGGUCGGUGUUCAAUCGCUGCCAGCAGGUAUCAUCCUUCCGGACUACGAGAAGAUGUCCCAGACCGUGCAGAAAUAUUCUCUCAACAACCAUGGCUUGCAAAUCACCUGCGAACGCCUGAUGAAGAUUGUGGGCCAGUUUCCGCACGGUUCGGAGGAAGCCCCCGCGACGAAUGCGAAUACUUACCUCGGCCACAUCACGUCCAUCGUCAAGAACGUCCAGAGCCGCAGCAACAUCAAGGAUAUGGUCGAGCGCAUGGGCGCCGCGCGGGCGUUGAGAGAGAGCGGCCCUGCCUUGGACGAGUGGCUGCUCAAGCAGCUGACAGGGGAUGAAAACUCAACAUUCUUGCAGUCGGCCUUGGAAGUUGCGAACGCCUCGGACUCCAUCGAAAACUCCUCCAUGCGCAAGAUCUGGCCCGACGGAUCGCCGAGUGCGCUUUGCGUCGCGAAGUUCCCAGAUCAGCCCGACUUCGAGGACAUCUCUGCCAGCCUCCAACUUGCAUUCGGAUUGCCGCGGAUGGUCAAGAGCUUACCGCUGGCAUCCCAUAUGAGUGCUGUAUUGGGUGGCGCUUUGGAGACCUCAGUUGACAAGUUCAUGGGCGCCGUUCGCAUCAGCGACACCACCGUGGAAGUAGCCUUUGGCUCGACUCCCGACUGGUGGAAAGAUAUCGGUUCCUUCUGCUCGCCCUCGUUCCUCCAGUACGCCUCGGAGACCGUUGGGAAUGCCGCUGCUUCUGAUGAGUACCGCUGGGAAUGCGACGGGGCCAGGACGGCAUUGCGCAACAUCUCCGAGGUGAUUGACGUUCCGAAGAUCAAGUACCAGUACCAGCGCGACGGGGCCGAUCCACCCUUGGUCCAAAUGCUGGCCAAGCAAUAUCUUCCAAACCCAAGGCGUGAUUCAGGUGGUGCCAACUUCGCUACCACAGUCUUCGAAGAGAACGGGUUCAAGAAAGAUAUCACUUCCUGCAUCGAAUUCUGCCGCGAAUACAUCACAGGCGGCACUGGGAGGAUGAAUGCUCUGGAGGACCACCGCGGCGCGGACAUCGGCUCGGCGCGUCCGCGCACGUCCAUUUUGCUGAACUACUUCCACGGGCCCAACUGUGCCACCGACGCUACUUGCAAGGCUCUCUUUGACAGCCUUUUGGAUUCAACGGUAGCGGAAGGCAAGGAGCUCCAGAAGGCCACCCCGAUGAUUGACGACACCGUCAACGAUACCAGGUUUAACAGAAACAUGGCUCGUACCCACCUCCACAAUCACCAGAGCAAGGAUGCCUUCGGCGAGAAGCCAGUCAAGGUGCACCGCAUGCUCAGCGCCGUUGGCUACUGGCACAGGGCGUGGGGGAUCCAGCCUCCGAUGCAGGAUGAAGUAACCACGAAAGAGAGCAUCGAUCUGAUCAACACUAUCUAUACGAAAGCCCGUAAGGCAUUGACUGUCAUCGCAGCUUUGAAUGUGAUAUUUUCCCUCAUGGGUAAAGUAAACUGUGAGCAGGCUUCUUUUGUGUUGGACUCCAAGCGCCCAGAUAUUCCAGAAUCGAUGAUGGCCGAUCUCCGGAAG